AUGAAGCUGAGUUACCAAAUUUAUCAUCAUCACCAGGAAUACCAAACCCAUCAUCAUCAAGUUUGUUGCGCGAACAGGUCAAAACUACUAACACGAAUGCGGAUGACGAUGACGGUGAUUUCAUUAGUAGUAAUAAGAGCACAAUUUCAAGAACACAUUGGAAAGAUACGUCAUCAUCAAGUUUACAAUCCUUAGAAAGUGCGGGUUCUAACAGAGGAGAUACGAAAAUGAUGGAUGAAGUUAAUAAUCCCGGGUAUAACAGACAACAUACUCCACCUCAUCAAAUUUACUCUACAUCGGAGAAUCAAAAUUUACUAACAAUUAAGGAGAUAAAGAAUUUUGCUAUACAUGGAAUAAAUCAAGGAGGUCUUAAUGGAAAGAUCUAUACAAUGUAUUAUGAUGCUGAUCUUCAACAUCAUUUCGUUUUCGAGACAUGUCAGUAUCGAAUUGGUACUACGUGGGGAAAUAUUCCGGAAAGCCUUAGCGAUACCCGCAAUGACUUACGGAAUAAACUUCUACUUUCAUUCAUCCCAUCUGGUGAAACUUAUUCCUUCAGUAAACAUUAUGAGGUGCAUUGGGUACACCGGUUUGCUGACAAAUUAUCAUUAUUUUUCGAAGCUCCUCGGAAUCCACUUCUAGAUAAGAAUUCUGAAGGGUGGUUAAAUUGUCAUAUUUUUGCUCCUCUAAUUGGCGAUUACAUAAUUUUUCGCGUUGAUGAUGUAGAAUAUUUUAGUGCAGAAACAUAUGUUGAUGAAGAUCCUCAAAAUUCAAAACCAAUCUCAUAUAAACACAAAUUAUUUAGAGAAAUGAAGGAUCAGCUGGACAGACUUCUAAAAAAGUUGGAAUUUACAAAAGAAUCGAUCAGAGGCCCCAAUGGCAAGAUAUAUGCCAUGUAUUAUAAUAUCGACCUUGAAUAUUAUUUUGUAUAUGAAAUGUGCAGAUAUCGAAUAGGGACAACAUGGUCAAGUGUCCCAGAUAGUCUUAUGACCUUAAAAAAGAUACUUUGUUUGAAGCAAUAUUACAAGCAAUUUCUAAAGAUAAUUUAG